AUGGAGUCAAUACACGAUCUUUCGGAUGAUACCUAUGGAGAGCCAAGACGCAUUUCUCUGGAUGAUUCCUAUGGUGAUCUUAUAAAGAGGAUAAACUGGACUUUUGGUUCUGGAACGGAUCGCGGCGACCCACCGAGGAGUAACAGGAUGCUGGAUCAGAUGCUGGGCGCGCUGACGCCGAAUCCCGUCGUGACAUCUGGCAUCGCGGAAAAAAUGCAGGCGAUGUCCACCUGGCAGGCCGUUCCGGGUAUCUCGGAUUUAGAAUCGAAGAUGCGUCAGGAGUGGGGGUACUGUUUGCCAUCCACCAGGCCGCUCACUCUCACCGACCUGUACCCUUCUCCGUGCAUUCUAACCGAAUCUAAUUCCUACGCACACCUAGGAGCCAGUUCUGAGGCAUCUCAAAGCUCGCAUAUAGACGCCUCGGAUCAAGUGUUGGAAUAUGGGGAUAUUGGCUCGCGGAAGGGGAAUCAGGCUCGGGAAGGAUCGGAUGACGUGGCGAUGGCAGGAGGCGAGAGCAGAUGCAGCAAGCACCCGCACUCCCUCGCGCAUGUGGCAUCGUGCGCUCUCAGAGGCCAGCCCGCCGCCCUCUACGUCCUCCACUCUCUCCGCUCGCGUAGUGCUCCACCCUCUGCACUCGCUGCUCCCGCUGCCCCCGCUGCUCCUACGAGCUCGCAGAAGAGAGGUCCAACAGCUGCAAGAGACGUGGCGAGGCAGGGGAUUGAACAGGCAGUGCUGGGCGAGGUGCUGGCGGAUGGGCACGUGUGCCGCAGACUGCACUGCCUCGCAGCGAGACUGCAGGCGCUGCCUGGUGCUGCCGACGCAGCAGCAGCGGCAUGGGGCGUGCCACGUGUUCCUGCUGACGUGGACUGCCAGCUGGCAAGCGUGCCGUGCCCGUUAGCUGCAUGCAGGAUGGUGCAGCAGGCGGCAGAUGCGGGCAGUGCAGGUGGCAGUGCAUGUGACGACGCUGCUGGCGGUGAUGCUGGCGGUGAUGAUGGAGGGGAGGACUCAGACUGGGAUUCAGAGAGUGGGGAUGUGUGGGUGGGAUGGACAGGCGGGGAGAGUGACGACGACGAGAGCGAGGAGGGCGAGGAGGGGGAAGAGCGUGCAGAGAGUGCGUUUCGCAAGAGCAGCAGGCAACACCAGCAUGAUCAUGCCGCUCCCAGGUCCCGGCGAGAAGAGCCAAGGCUAGAGGGUAGCGCAGUGGGAGCAGGAGGGGCAGGUGCAGAGCGGGAAGACCCGGUUCUGAGGGGUUUUGUGCGGGCGUUGUCUCUGAUUCUCGCUCAGUACGAGGCUGGGGUUGCCCAGCUCGCACACGCGUGCAUUGCUUCUCUUUCUGCCUCACCGCAGACACCAGCAGCUGGAGCAGCAGCUCACCCCAGCCCUGCACGCUCACAAAUAGACCACCCCAGCCUUGUGCGCUCUCAAGCAGCCAGCCACAUCCCUGCACGCUCAGAAGAAGCCAAUUCAAGCAAGGACGUAGAAGCGGCAGAGAUGGCACCUGGUCCUUCAGAUGCUCUGUUGCUGCUGGCCAUGCAGAGCAGGCGACUGAGAGAGCAGCUGAGGCGGCUGGUGACGUUGCUGGGGAUGGAUUCCAGGGAGAGGGAGACAGCAGGAGUUGAGAUGAAAGGGAAGCCAUGGGAUCAUGGGGCGAUGAGGGGGAGGGAGACAGCAGGGGGUGAGAUGGGGGAUGCAUGGUCGGUGGUGUAUCAGUGUCCUCAGUUGCCCAUGCCUUGCUCGUUAGAUCCGAGCAGUUCAGGCAUGAGAGGCAUGCCUCUCACUCCACCCGCUGCACACAUGCACCGCACGCCGCACACGCACCACAUGGACCAUGCUGUUGCUGCCAGCGGUGGCAGCAGAGGCCCCUCCUGGCAUGCACCUGGUGAUGACGUGGCAGCAGCUGAUUGGCCGUGGAAGGGCACCCACCCACCUCCUCUAUCCAACCUGCUUGCUGGUGUGCAGAUACCAAGCAACGAGUCCGCACGAUUCCCCAGCGUCACUGCCCCCAGCCCCAUGCUGCAAAAGGCAUGGGUGGAGUGUAGUGCCAUGCUGAGGCUCACUGACCCACGCUCUGGCCCUGCUUUCCCCUGGACGUGGAUGGCCUGUAACGAGGGUGCUUGUAAUGGGGAUGGCUCCGGUGGGGGUGCGGUUCAUGGUGCUAGUGGCAUCUCGUGGCAUGCGGUGCUCCUGCAUUCGCGGAGGCAUGGGGGGGUUACUGCUGAAAAUGCACAGAGGCAUAAGGGGGGUGCAGUAAAACUUGCAGAGGAGAGAGCAAGCAAGGGAGCAGCUAACGGAGCAACAGAGGGAGGAAUUAAGGGAGCAAAUGAGGGAUCCCAGGGGAGAGGAGAUGAGGGAUCAAGAAAGGGAGAAGCGGCGGGCGGUGGGAGGCGAAAACAGAAAGGAGUUGAGGUUCAGAGUGGGAAGCUCGGCGGGAGACGGAGAAGUGGGCAGAGUGGGAAGCAGGGUGGGUCGGGUAGGCAGCAGAUUGGGAGGCCUGGUGGGAAGCAGAGUGGGGAGCCGUUUGGAAGGCAGGGUGGGCGUGAAGGGGCAGCAGGGAGGGGAGGGGGGCAUGUGACGGAUGAGGAGAGGCGGCUGGAGGGCAUGGCUGUCACAGAAAUGGAUGGGAGCUUCGAUGAUGCCAUCCAUGCCCACCUGCUGCUGCCCAUCCGCGCAUGUCACGCACUGGUGAGCAGGGCAGCAGUGCGGGUGCUGUUCACAGUGGGACGCUACAAGGACCACUGCACCGCACUGCACCGCUUCUUCCUCUCUCCCCACUCCGACCUGCCCUCCGCCCUCCUGCACGCCCUCCAUGCGGUGGUGAGUGCUACAGCCUUCGCUCACUCCCACAGCAGCAUCACGCCCUCUCUGCUGCCCGUGAAUGCUGACUGGGCCAGCCUUCGUUCGCUUCCAGAGCAGCAGCACGCGCUCUCCUCCGCCCUGGACGCAGCCAUCUCGCGAGCGUGCCUCUCCUCCCUCCCCUCCUCCUCUCUCUCCCGCCUCCACGCCUUCGUCGCGCCCUCCUCGCUCUCCUCCUCUUCCCUCUCCUCCAUGUCUACACCGCCGCCUCACCCCAUGUCACCAGGGCCCUUGUGUAAGCUCUCGUACAACCAUCUUAUAUUUCUGUUCACCUUCCCACACCCAUCAGGGCUGGGCGCGUUUGAUUUUGUGCGGGUGGGGUACGACCCAGGCUGGCCUGCCAGCGUGAUGAUAACACCACCGCUGCUGCAGCAGUAUGGAGACAUUCUCGCUGCAUUGCUCAGGCUGCAGCACGUGCAGCGGGCUGUUGAAAACCUCACCGUUCAAGUCAAGGUCCUCCGUUCAGCACUGUUGACUCAGUCACUGCCACCAGCGCCAACAGCACCAGCAGCAGCAGCAGCAGCGGCGGCAGCAGCAGGAGGCAGGGCAGCACACAGGGAGUGGCAUCGCCGGCUGUGUUUUCUCAACGUGUUCAUCAUGCGCGCAUCACAGCUGGUGUCCUGCAUGCUCACCUUCAUGAGUGCUCAGCUGCAGCGAGCAGCGCAGCAUGGCGACCAGAUGCUGCUGCUCAGCUGUCAGAACUCCAAGGCGGAACGCAAGCCCCAUCUGGACCUUUUCUCAUUCCAGGAAGCACAUGCCCAGUUUCUCAUCUACUGCACAACCCGGUGCCUAUUAGACGCUCGGAGUGCGCCCAUCAGGGAGCGCCUGGACAGUCUGUUGCAGCUGGUGCUGGAUGUGCAUCGCAGUGUGGACUCUGCUCGCAUGGUUGCUCCGCUCUCUGAGUUCUUUCCCGACGAUGAUGCUCCCAUCUGGGAGGAGGUGGAGGAGCAAGUGGGAGAGUUCAACGGGGCAUUGAAUGACUUGCUGGAUUUUCUCUUGCGCAAGCAGGAGGUUUCUCUUCCGUCUAUUUUGAGCUGUGUGCAUGUGCUAGUGCUCAUGUGCGCCCUCAUGCUUCCCCGUCCAUGCUGCCCAUUUUCUGAUUCUCCCACCUUCCCUAUGCUCCCCAUGAUCCCUAUGCUCCCCAUGAUCCCUAUGCUCCCCAUGAUCCCUAUGCUCCCCAUGAUCCCUAUGCUCCCCAUGAUCCCUAUGCUCCCCAUGAUCCCUAUGCUCCCCAUGAUCCCUAUGCUCCCCAUGAUCCCUAUGCUCCCCAUGAUCCCUAUGCUCCCCAUGAUCCCUAUGCUCCCCAUGAUCCCUAUGCUCCCCAUGAUCCCUAUGCUCCCCAUGUUCCCUAUGCUCCCCAUGAUCCCUAUGCUCCCCAUGAUCCCUAUGCUCCCCAUGAUCCCUAUGCUCCCCAUGAUCCCUAUGCUCCCCAUGAUCCCUAUGCUCCCCAUGAUCCCUAUGCUCCCCAUGAUCCCUAUGCUCCCCAUGAUCCCUAUGCUCCCCAUGAUCCCUAUGCUCCCCAUGAUCCCUAUGCUCCCCAUGAUCCCUAUGCUCCCCAUGAUCCCUAUGCUCCCCAUGAUCCCUAUGCUCCCCAUGAUCCCUAUGCUCCCCAUGAUCCCUAUGCUCCCCAUGAUCCCUAUGCUCCCCAUGAUCCCUAUGCUCCCCAUGAUCCCUAUGCUCCCCAUGAUCCCUAUGCUCCCCAUGAUCCCUAUGCUCCCCAUGAUCCCUAUGCUCCCCAUGAUCCCUAUGCUCCCCAUGAUCCCUAUGCUCCCCAUGAUCCCUAUGCUCCCCAUGAUCCCUAUGCUCCCCAUGAUCCCUAUGCUCCCCAUGAUCCCUAUGCUCCCCAUGAUCCCUAUGCUCCCCAUGAUCCCUAUGCUCCCCAUGAUCCCUAUGCUCCCCAUGAUCCCUAUGCUCCCCAUGAUCCCUAUGCUCCCCAUGAUCCCUAUGCUCCCCAUGAUCCCUAUGCUCCCCAUGAUCCCUAUGCUCCCCAUGAUCCCUAUGCUCCCCAUGUUCCCUAUGCUCCCCAUGAUCCCUAUGCUCCCCAUGAUCCCUAUGCUCCCCAUGAUCCCUAUGCUCCCCAUGAUCCCUAUGCUCCCCAUGAUCCCUAUGCUCCCCAUGAUCCCUAUGCUCCCCAUGAUCCCUAUGCUCCCCAUGAUCCCUAUGCUCCCCAUGAUCCCUAUGCUCCCCAUGAUCCCUAUGCUCCCCAUGAUCCCUAUGCUCCCCAUGAUCCCUAUGCUCCCCAUGAUCCCUAUGCUCCCCAUGAUCCCUAUGCUCCCCAUGAUCCCUAUGCUCCCCAUGAUCCCUAUGCUCCCCAUGAUCCCUAUGCUCCCCAUGAUCCCUAUGCUCCCCAUGAUCCCUAUGCUCCCCAUGUUCCCUAUGCUCCCCAUGAUCCCUAUGCUCCCCAUGAUCCCUAUGCUCCCCAUGAUCCCUAUGCUCCCCAUGAUCCCUAUGCUCCCCAUGAUCCCUAUGCUCCCCAUGAUCCCUAUGCUCCCCAUGAUCCCUAUGCUCCCCAUGAUCCCUAUGCUCCCCAUGAUCCCUAUGCUCCCCAUGAUCCCUAUGCUCCCCAUGAUCCCUAUGCUCCCCAUGAUCCCUAUGCUCCCCAUGAUCCCUAUGCUCCCCAUGAUCCCUAUGCUCCCCAUCAUCCCUAUGCUCCCCAUCAUCCCUAUGCUCCCCAUCAUCCCUAUGCUCCCCAUCAUCCCUAUGCUCCCCAUGAUCCCUAUGCUCCCCAUGAUCCCUAUGCUCCCCAUGAUCCCUAUGCUCCCCAUGAUCCCUAUGCUCCCCAUGAUCCCUAUGCUCCCCAUGAUCCCUAUGCUCCCCAUGAUCCCUAUGCUCCCCAUGAUCCCUAUGCUCCCCAUGAUCCCUAUGCUCCCCAUGAUCCCUAUUCUCCCCAUGAUCCCUAUGCUCCCCAUGAUCCCUAUGCUCCCCAUGAUCCCUAUGCUCCCCAUGAUCCCUAUGCUCCCCAUGAUCCCUAUGCUCCCCAUGAUCCCUAUGCUCCCCAUGAUCCCUAUGCUCCCCAUGAUCCCUAUGCUCCCCAUGAUCCCUAUGCUCCCCAUGAUCCCUAUGCUCCCCAUGAUCCCUAUGCUCCCCAUGAUCCCUAUGCUCCCCAUGAUCCCUAUGCUCCCCAUGAUCCCUAUGCUCCCCAUGAUCCCUAUGCUCCCCAUGAUCCCUAUGCUCCCCAUGAUCCCUAUGCUCCCCAUGAUCCCUAUGCUCCCCAUGAUCCCUAUGCUCCCCAUGAUCCCUAUGCUCCCCAUGAUCCCUAUGCUCCCCAUGAUCCCUAUGCUCCCCAUGAUCCCUAUGCUCCCCAUGAUCCUUAUGCUCCCCAUGAUCCCUAUGCUCCCCAUGAUCCCUAUGCUCCCCAUGAUCCCUAUGCUCCCCAUGAUCCCUAUGCUCCCCAUGAUCCCCAUGCUCCCCCAUGCUCCCCAUGCUUGUCACAUGCUUCUAUGUGCUCCCCGUACCCGCCACAUGCUCCCACGUGCUUCCCAGACCGAGCUGGAUCGCAGGUUGGAGGAAGCACUACGGCACGGCGACCACGCAGCAGCGCAGCAGCUGAACGAGGCGAUUAUGAGGAGGGAGAACAUGCGACGGCAGAGACAGGCAGAAUGGCACGCGCAGUUCGCAGCAAGCCUGCAGGAGCAGGAAUUGCUGCAGCGCAAGAAACGGCAACGGCUAAACUGGGGGUAA